AUGCCGGCGGUCAAGUUUGACUGGCUAGAUAAGGAUACCUGGAGCAUUCCAUUCGACUACAAGUUUGUCCAUGGUCAAGAAAUCUGUGCCAUCUAUCUGAUGGAGCCAUGGAAGCCCUUGAAUGAGUUCAUCGACUACGCGGUGGAGAAGCACGGCGUCCGUCGCUUCGUCCUCGUGGCUGGUAGCUCGGCCGAAUGUGGGAAGCCGGGAAUGGAGAAUCUAACCGAGAAUGGUCCGCGCCAACUUAUCCGUGAUCAAGGCAAGAUCUAUACUGCCUGCGGCCAGGGCAAAAUCCCGUUUGUCAGCGCCACGGAUAUCGCGGCCGUCGCCUAUCGCGCCUUGACUGAUCCCGACUCACACAACUGUGACCACCGGGUGCUGGGACCCGAGCUCUUGACGUACGACGACAUUGCUGAAAAGCUAAGCCGUGUUCUGGGACGAAAGAUCGAGCACGUAAAACUUUCAGGAGAGUCGCGGUACCAGGGGCUGGUAAGCGCGGGGGUUUCCGAGUACUAUGCGGCCUUCUUGACAAAGCUGGAGGUUGCUGCCUCGACUGGGUUCGAGACGCGGGAGAAUGAUGAAGUUGAAAAAGUCACUGGGCGACCUCCGAGGUCCUUCGAUCUCUUUGCGCAGGAGAAUCGGUCGGCCUGGGUUGGGGAUGGCAGAUGA